UUGAGCCUUUUUUGCAGUCACAUUUUGCAUGACUCUAGGCGAUUUCAACUGGGGAGGAAAAGCGUUCCAUUCACUAGCAUGAACUGACGUUGAAUUUGGCGCGAACCGCGCGGCAAUCUUGCAGGGUUGGAUGCCAGAUCUCUUGCUGCUUUACCAGCCCUACGAACCGGGCGGUUCUACCCGCCACAGGCCCCGUUUUGGCGCUGUGACGGUGUGGGGAUGGUGGCAAUCGGGGAGCAGGGCCGGAACGUACACUCCUCUUUCGAAGCUUGCAGGAAGACCGGGGGGCUCCAAUGGGCAUCUCGCGCAAACCACGAGGGCUGCAGGGUCCUCAGUCGCCCACGACGGCCCUCUUCCCCACCAGGGGUGUGCGACGAGCUGGACCGAGCGAGCGAGCAGGUACUCCGUAGAGACAGAGAGAUGUGAUGGAUGUGAAAGCGCUUUUCCUAUUGGGGAUGAAAUAUUGCUGCAUUGGGUAUCGGCGGGAAUCAGAGGCAAGGAGGUACUACUUUAUUUGGCGUUGUUGGCGUUGCUGUGGGCACCCUGGAGUCUAAUUCAAGAUGAUGAGGAUGUUUUGUAAGCUCUGUAGCAAUAAAAGUAUCCGUUUCCAGUCUUGGACGUGAUGAAGAGUUCCUCUUAAGCUUGGCUUCCACGGUGUGAAUGGUCCCAUUGCCCGUACGCGUCGUCCCAUACCCAUUGAUGUCUGAGGUCACCUCGGCGUAGGUGUUGAAGCCAUCACAGACCCCAUGCCAGAAGGCCUGUCGUCAUCCCACAUUGAUAGGAUGAGUGUUGAAAGUUUCUUUGUGUCGGUUGGGAGCAUCACGUGAUAUGAUAUUCAUCACCGCGAAUAUCCGGGAACAGCUCAAAAAAGCUAAAUUGCAGUAUCCUUGUCUGCU